AGGCGGAAGUGGAGCAGCCGGGCUCGGGCAGCAGAGGCGAGCUGGGCAGAGGCAGGACUCUUAGGAAUCCAAGAACUCGGUGAUUCCCUAUGCUUUCAAACAGGACUGUGCACAAUAACGUGGAAAGAAAGAGGUGGUGAGCGAUGACCGAACUGCAGACCCUGGUGGAGCGAUUGGAGAAGGCUGUCGGUCGCCUGGAGGUGAUGUCUUGUCCUGGCAAACAUGGCAGUGAUGGAGAUGGCCCUCCGAAAGGAAUCGCUGAGCAUGUGCAAGCUUUUGACACGCUCCUGACAGGAACAGUAGCUGAAUACAUGGCAAUAAGCAGAGAAAUCGGCGGUGAUGUCCAAAAACAUGCUGAGAUGGUCCACGCAGGAUUAAUGACAGAGAGAGCUCUCCUGUUGACAGCAUCUCAGUGCCAGCAACCAGCAGCAAAUAACUUCUCAUCCCUGCUGAAGCCCAUAUCGGAGAAGAUCCAAGUGGUGCAGAGCUUCCGGGAGAAGAACCGUGGCAGCAAACUGUUCAACCACCUCUCGGCGGUUAGCGAGAGCAUCCCUGCGCUAGGCUGGGUUGCUAUGGCCCCCAAGCCAGGCCCUUACGUGAAGGAAAUGACCGAUGCCGCCAUGUUUUAUAGCAACAGAGUCCUCAAGGAAUACAAAGAUGUAGAUAAGAAGCAUGUGGACUGGGUGAAAGCAUACCUGUGCAUCUGGAAAGAGCUGCAAGAGUACAUUAAGGAGUACCACACCACCGGGCUGACAUGGAACAAGACGGGACCCAUAGCAACAGCUGGGGGGAGUGGGUCUCCGGCUGCUCCUGCUCCUCCUUGUGGUGGCCCCCCACCCCCGCCACCUGGCCCCCCGCCUCCUCCCGCUCCUGCUCCCACAAGUUCUGGCUCCGAUGACGCUGCAUCCCGCUCGGCGCUCUUUGCUCAGAUCAACCAGGGAGAAGCCAUCACUUCUGGCCUGAAGCACGUUUCCGAUAACAUGAAAACCCACAAGAACCCGUCGCUGAAGACCCAAGGUGGCCCUAUGCGGACGGGACCAAAGCCCUUCACAGCGCCGAAGCCAGGCUGUGCUACAAACGCCUUUCAGAAACUGCCCCCAAAGAAGGAACCUCCUGUCCUGGAGCUGGAGGGCAAGAAGUGGAGAGUGGAAAACCAAGAGAAUGCCUCCAACUUGGAGAUCAGCGACACCGAGCUGAAGCAGGUGGCCUAUGUUUACAAGUGCAUGAACAGUACACUCCACAUCAAAGGGAAGAUCAACUCCAUCACACUGGAUAACUGCAAGAAACUAGGCCUGGUGUUUGACAACGUAGUGGGCAUUGUCGAGAUCAUAAACAGCCGAGACAUUCAAGUCCAGGUAUUGGGUAAAGUGCCAACCAUUUCCAUCAACAAGACCGACGGUUGUCAAGUGUACUUGAGCAAAAGCUCCUUAGACUGUGAGAUUGUCAGUGCCAAGUCUUCAGAGAUGAACGUCCUUGUCCCGACAGAUAGCGGCGACUUCAACGAGUUUCCAAUCCCUGAACAAUUCAAGACACUGUGGAACGGGCAGAAGUUAGUCACCACCGUGACGGAAAUAGCUGGAUAAGCUUACCUGGCACCCUUGCCCCACUUCUGCUGUGGGACAAAUCUGCUUAUUUUUGGAUGAUUUUUAGAUUUCCUGUACCUUUUCUGCUCUCAAUCUGCUUCUGUCUUCUCCCCGAGAGACUUGCCUACCUGCCUUCACUGAAAAUACCUCAGGCUGGGAUUUGGGGUAGGGUAGCAGGCUUGGUGGGUCUUGAUUCUGUUGAUCAGCAGGAAAGUGUGGUGUUGCCCCUCAACCAGACAAAACCACAUCACCAAUCAAUUUGUCUGUUUGCUGACUUUGAAGCCAGUGAGAAUGCCUAGCUUACAGAUUUUUUGUGUUGCAUUUCCCCUGCUUCAUUUUGAGAGGAGCACUAUCCCUCGGGUGGGGGCGGGAGUAUCAGGGUAUAGAGUCCCCAGUGAUGUGUGUUAAGUGUAUCUGGCAGGUGUAUGUUGGGAAGUACAAGGGAAUUGACUAAUUCUGCUAAACUAAUCUAAUCAGGGGUGUUGGAAGAUUCCAGGAAUGGCUUUGCUGGACCAAAGGCUGGAGAUUGGGGGGUGUAUAGCAUUCCUUCUCCUCCCUGAUGUUUUCCCUUUCCUAUGUGCUCAGUAUAAAAUUCUGUGUUGUGCCAUGAUGUUGGAGGAAACCUCUGUUACAGGUGCCACAAGACCACCCUGGGACAGACCUCCAACUCCAAGCCAGGAGUCUGUCCAGCAGCUCACAAGCUGCUGCUAACCCACUUCCAUGAAGCCCUCUUCCAAAGGGAAAACUGUGCCCAAAGGGUCCCUCUUCUGAGCAACUGAACACUGUUCAGUCUUCCAGGACAGUUCUUCUUGGAGUUCAUCUCUCUCCUUUUUUUUCUCUAGGGAGAGGUGGGCAUUCUUCAUUCCAAGUCCAGUAUUUAAUUACUUGUAAGCACAAGUUUGCUGUAGUUGGUUUUGCCAUUUAUCAAAGUUUAUUUACACUGUAGAGUCCAGAAGAACUUUUCCUCUAACUGCCUGGCUGCCCUUUUCCCUGUUGCUUGGCUUUCUCCCCUCCUUCUCUCCUUGCAGAAAGUUCAGCACGUUAGCAAGGCACUGCAACGUAGCAUCAAAGCUGGGCACUGUACUGAACCAUCAAGAGGAGCUGCCUGUGCAUCUUGGAUAGCCUAAGCAUAUCUUCUUUUCCUCCUCGCCAUGUUGAUUUUUUUCCACUGAAAUGAAACUUAACAAAAGAUAUGCAAUCUCUCUUAUUUUUGAGACUGUCCUGUGACUUGUACUUCUCUCCUGAGGCUUGUGGAAAUAAAAAAAUCUCUGUUCAGUACUCAAAAUUAUACUGAAGAUAGAAAUGCCAA